GGGAGGGGAUCAGUCAGAGAGAGGCACGUGACUUGGCAGUGAGGAUGUGUGUCUCCCGUUGGACUUGCUAGCGACUGUAUGUCUGCAACAUCCAAGGUCUCGUUUACAGUUCGGCGGCCAACCCCAGAUCUGUCUCGGCCUUCAUCAACGGGACCAGAGUCUGAUGGCCAGUUCAAGGUGCCGGCUCUCCCCCGUCUUCUAGCCGGUGCAAGUUCUGCCACAGGAAGCCCGCUGGCAACUUCACGAGAGGGGUCGGACGAUGACGGUGAAACUGGCAUAGUGUUUUCAAAAGAUGGAACUACUCGUGGUAAUGGUGGAGGAGAACUCGACGAUGCAAGUGACGAUGAUGGUACAAGUGUCGAGGAGGACCUUAUUACCGAGUUCGAUCAGUUCAGUGUCCAGCGUGCAAGUAACAAGAAAAGCAAGGCUCCAGUACCUGCGUCGCUAGUCAUACCCUCUUUGCCAAACCCGGACUGGCGGGAGGCAGCUCGAAAGCGCCGCGCUGCUGCCCAGUCAAACACCCUACGUUCUCGCUCUAUCUUUGUUCCAGAUUCAGCCCGUGCUACCACUGGUGCAGAUGGAAGUGUAGGAGGGCUUGGAACGAGGGAUACUAUCAACUCAGGACCACAGUUGGUCGGACUGCAAGUUAGCAAACGGGAAAAAAUAGGGCCUAGCGAAGGGGUCGUGGAACAGACAGGAACCACGACUACGGCAGUUACGGAAAGCACAGACGAACAUAGCAUGGAGGUAGAAGAGACAGAAGAUCAAAGGGCGAUCCGAGCACUCCUUGCUGGAGAGGACGGUUCUUCAGUUGAUAUUGAUGCCAUCCCUAUUCCAGCCGUCACUGAAACCGACGCACUCCUCCAAGACGUUGAUGCAUUGCCAGAUUGUGCAACUGCAGAAGACUACGCUCGGGUUCCUGUGUCCGCUUUCGGAGUUGCCAUGCUCCGUGGUAUGGGUUGGACGGAGGGAACAGCAGCAUCGAAGUCGGACAAGGGGAAAAAACAUGGCCUUGUAGAGCCAUAUCUACCUCAAGCACGACCCGCUCUGCUCGGUAUUGGUGCUAAGGAGCAAGAGAGUCUUAACGACGGAUCGGGAAAGCACCAGAGGAAAUCCAAGGAUAGACGUUAUAUUCCAGUUGUGAGGAAGGACGGACGAGAAGAGAGUGGUAGCAGUAGGUCUGGCACGGUUUCCAGAAGGGCUUCCAGAUCUCCACCUGGGAGAGCCGGAGACGAAUACGCGAGGAGUCGGAGUCGGUACGACAGGGAUUAUAGUGAGAGAAGUGACCGUGACGGAAGGAGAGAUUAUGACGACCGGGAGAAGGAUAAACGGGGGGGCAAUGGGUACCGCGACCGCGAGAGGAGGGAGCGGGAUGAACGAGAUUAUGAGUCGCGACGGCGGAAAGACUACCGCGAAGAUAGCGACCGCAACAGACACAGUCGCAGGGAUGGACGUCGGUAACUACGGCGAAUGAUAGCUAUCUGUAUACGUAGACUUGGGCUGUUUCAUCCCUCAAAUAUCCCGGUCUACUUCCUUACCCAACUACUUUGCUAAUAGCUGCCAAGAGGUCGAAUGUGA